UCGUUUCUGAAUAACUACUGAUCGAUCUGCGAUGAUCAUUUUUGUGGAUUUUGUGGAUUUCUCUUGAGUUUCUGGAAAUUUUAUGAUCUGGGUCUGAGGAAAUCUUUUGUUUUCUGGAAAGAAUCAUGGGUGAUCAUUGAUGGGCAUGGUUAAAUUUGUAAGCCCUGUUCUGGGUCAUGCACUAAUUGAUAUCAUUUUUUGGUCAUGUUGGUAUCUCUGACUUUUGCUCCUUAUAAUGAGUUUGCGUGAAUAGGUGUUCUUCCUCUCUUAUGGUAAUCCUUUCCUUUUUGGGUUUCUUUGGUGUUCGAAUAUCCAUUCAUCAACGAUUGGUAUUCUUCCUAACAAAGCUUUGCCUUCUUCUCCGACCCAAUUUUUAUGAUCAUCGUCUUCCUUCUUUUGUUUUGUUCAUAGUUUCCUGCUAUCCCUUCUGCUUCUCUUUGACUUGCCUUUGUUUUUGCUGUUCUUGAGCUCAAGUUGUACUGAUCGAGUGGCUUCUUUGGGCUUUGUUCUUAACAUGUUUGGUUGUAGUUAACUGAUCUAAUCUUGUAUGUUCUUCAAUCAACAAGUUCAAGCAUCCAUUAAUCCAUUGAAGUUUUUUGCCUUUUCAUUUGUUAUAUUCUUUGUCUUGUGAGGAAUUUAUACAGGCGUUGUUUUGUUUCUGAUGUAGAUUGAAGAGUGGAAGUUUGUUGAAUAAUCUGGUUAAAACUAGCGAUUUAGUCUCGUCUUCGAUCGAGUUUGGGCACUGCAAAGCCUUAGGCAGUGCCCAUGGAUGCCACGACGAGUGAAACAGCGGCUAUACAAUUCCAUAGCAUUCCUGAUCAGUCAGUUUCUACAAUUGUCACAAAUGCAACAUCGACAUUGUCGAAACGACGUUGCUUUGGGGAAUCCGACCCGGGCGAAUUCCCCUUAGCUGCCAAUCCCUCCAUUGUUCUUCAUGUCCUGACAGCAUGUAACUUGGAUCCUCAAGACCUUGCAAAGUUAGAGGUGACGUGUUCGUUCUUUAGACAGCCUGCAAAAUUUGCUCCUGACUAUGAAUUAUCAAUUUCGGAACUCGCUGCAUUAGAUAUGUGCCAAAAGAGAGCCAUAUUCAAACCUAUGACAGAAGAACAGCAUCAAGCAUUGAAGCAAAGAUGUGGUGGCUCAUGGAAACUGGUAUUAAGGUUUUUAGUGGCUGGAGAAGCAUGUUGCAGAAGGGAAAAAUCCCUGGCAAUCGCAGGACCCGGUCACAGCAUUGCGGUCACGUCGAAAGGAGCUGUUUACUCCUUUGGAUCUAACAGCUCUGGUCAGCUUGGACAUGGUACCACCGAAGAGGAAUCACGGCCUCGCCUUAUCAGAUCCCUGCAAGGAAUUCGAAUAACUCAGGCAGCAGUAGGGGCUGGAAGGACAAUGUUAAUCAGCGACGCGGGGCGUGUUUAUGCAUUUGGCAAGGAUUCAUUCGGUGAAGCUGAGCAUGGAGCUCAAGGAGAUCAAAUUGUUACUACGCCGAAGUUGGUCGAAUCGUUGAAGGAUAUAUUUGUGGUGCAAGCUGCAAUUGGAAACUUCUUCACUGCAGUAUUAUCAAGAGAAGGUAGAGUGUAUACAUUUUCUUGGGGGAGUGACGGUAGGCUCGGUCAUCAUACCGAACCGAACGACUUGGAACCACGGCCCCUGAUGGGAGCGUUAGAAAACACUCCAGUUGUUCAAAUCGCUGCUGGAUAUUGCUACCUUCUUGCUCUAGCUUGUCAUCCUAAUGGAAUGUCGGUAUACUCGGUUGGAUGUGGACUGGGCGGGAAGCUCGGUCAUGGUUCAAGGACCGAUGAGAAACACCCACGACUCAUUGAACAAUUCCAGCUUCUGAAUUUCCAGCCAGUUGUGGUUGCUGCUGGUGCUUGGCACGCAGCUGUUGUAGGUCGCGACGGUCGAGUUUGUACGUGGGGUUGGGGCCGAUAUGGAUGCCUGGGUCAUGGAAAUGAGGAGUGUGAAUCUUCCCCUAAGGUAGUGGAAGCAUUAAGCAAUGUUAAAGCAGUUCAUGUUGCUACAGGUGAUUAUACAACGUUCGUCGUAUCAGACGAUGGCGAUGUGUAUUCUUUCGGUUGUGGAGAAUCUGCUAGUCUCGGACAUAACAUCGACGUCCCCGGGGGGCAGGGGAAUCGGCAAGCGCGCAUCUUAAGCCCGGAACUAGUAAGGUCUCUGAAGCAAAUUAGCGAGCGGGUCGUUCAGAUUAGCCUCACUAAUUCAAUUUACUGGAAUGCACACACCUUCGCGCUGACGGAGUCGGGGAAGUUGUAUGCAUUUGGUGCUGGAGACAAAGGGCAGCUCGGGGUGGAACUUAUGGGGAAUCAAACCGAAAGGGGAAAUCCAGAGCGGGUUGAGAUCGAUCUAAAUUAACCGAGGGGAAACACAACUCCAUUGAUGUGGAAAGUAUGGUGUAAUGUUAUAGGCAUUGCAUUGCAUUUUAAUCACUAGAUUUGGCGUAUGAAAUUAUUAAUUUGUAAAUAGGGGUCCCAAAAAGGAUGUGGAGAAUGGUUUCUAUGGUGGGUGUUGAUAUUUGGAUGGGAAAUGGAUGGGUCUGCUUGUUCUUUCGCA